AUGUUGGCAAGGUCCUGCUUGCGCUCGGCGCGCACAUUCACAAAUGGCGCCGUCACGAUUUCCAAGCGUGCGGCCUCUACUUCCAGCGGCGCUGGUGCCGAAGCUUCCCCGUCCCGAUUGAACCUCGCCGCCAUCACGUCGACGUCCCUCGCCCUGGGCUCCAUGGCCUGGUACUACCACCUCUACGGACCUUCCGCGAACGCCGCGGCCCCUGCUGAAGAGGGGUGA